UGGUGAUGUUGACGUCAGCACAAUAUGGCAGCUGUGGAUAUUGUGAACCCUGAAGUCUCAACAAUAAUUUCCGUGUUAACAAUCUGAGUGCCCCUGUCCGUUUCACAAAAUCCGAUGCCAUGGCAUCUGCAAAGGAGAAUGUACGAGUUCCAACUGGUGUAAGUUCGGGGUUUGGUAACAGCAAGGGAUCAGGAAAAAAGGCUACACACUGGAAGAAAAACUCUGAACGGCUGCCGGGAAGCAUUAAGCCUGUGUACAGUGCUAAAUAUCCACCAAGUGAAAUACUUCACCAGGCCCAAAUGAGGGAGCAGAGUGGAGUCAAGCCCAGAUCCAAACAAAAGGACGCCUUUGCCGCAUUUGACAGCACAACCAGUGAUGCGUGGGAAGUUAACGACGAAGAACUGUUAAUGCUGAAAGCCAGACAGCUGUCCUUGGAGAAACAGAGAAGUGAACAGGCAGAGAAAGAUGCCCUAGCUCAGCAAGCCCUCAUGAGACAGGAUCGUCUUAGUUCAGAAGAGGUCCUCGAUGAGGUCAAAGGUCAUCAAAGCAGAGAUGAUAGUACGUCACCCCCAGUGUCUCCGUCACUAAGGUCUGGAGUUCCUGGUCUUGCCGUCAGACAAAGUUCAGGUCUUGAGGCCCCACCUCCAACAUCUCCCAUGAGGUUGAGCUCGAUGGCGAUGCCGGACAGAGAAAACGGCAAACUUGAAAAGUUUAAACAGCUCCUGAGCGGCCAAAAUACCGAGCUUGAUGAACUGAAGAAACUCAGCUGGUCUGGAAUCCAUAAAUCGGUUCGUCCCACGGCUUGGAAACUCUUACUGGGUUACCUACCAGCCAACACAGACAGGCGGCAGCUAACGUUAGAGCGGAAACGGGAGGAAUAUUUCGGCUUUGUGGACCAGUACUACGGCACAAGGACAGAUUCUCUACACAAGGACAUGUUUAGACAGAUUCACAUAGAUAUCCCAAGGACCAAUCCCCUCGUGCCCUUGUUCCAGCAACCCAAAGUUCAAGAGAUCUUUGAGCGGAUAUUGUACAUCUGGGCUAUCCGGCAUCCAGCAAGCGGCUAUGUACAAGGCAUCAACGAUCUUGUCACUCCAUUUUUUGUAGUAUUCCUCACUGAGCACACAGCUGCAAACGUAGACGUAACUGAAGACCUAGACAUCACAGCUCUAUCGACAGACAAGCUGAGGGAAGUCGAGGCGGACACGUUCUGGUGCAUGAGUAAGCUACUGGACGGAAUCCAAGACAACUAUACAUUUGCGCAGCCUGGAAUUCAGGCCAAAAUCAACUCACUGAAAGAACUUGUACAAAGAGUUAAUGUGUCUCUUCAUGUACAUUUACACAGCCACCAAGUAGAGUAUUUGCAGUUUGCCUUCCGGUGGAUGAACAAUCUACUGAUGAGAGAGCUGCCAUUAAUGGGAACGAUAAGACUCUGGGAUACCUACAUGAGUGAACCAGAGGGUUUCGCCGUGUUCCACCUUUAUGUCUGUGCUGCCUUCCUAAUGAAAUUUGCUGAUGACGCCAAGAAAGAGAGAGACUUUCAGGGGAUCAUGCUGUUACUGCAGAACUUGCCGACAGCACACUGGACUAAUCAAGACAUCAGCCUCCUGCUAGCCGAAGCCUACAGCCUCAAGUACAUGUUUGCUGAUGCCCCACGUCAUUUGAAUCAGCAAGUCAAGAAAUGAAGUCAGACAAAACUUACAAAACUUUACAAAACCACAGCUUCGGCUCAUUAUCGGCUCGAGUGUGCAACGUCGGUGCAAAGUGUAUAGAUGAUGUGACCUAUGCUUACAUUCAAACCGCCCUCUGUUGACAAAACACUGUAUACGUCAUGUUUC